ACAGAGGGUGGGUGGGAGGGAGGGAGGACGGGCGCGGGGGGCAACCCAGCGCGAUCUCCGGAGCAGGCCGGCGGGGGGCCAUGAGGAUCCGGAAGCGCACCCCGGCCAGGGCCGCCGACCCGGGGCCCGCGACGGCGCUCUCCGCCUCGCCGCCGAGUUCCCAGCCACUGCUGCACCACCCCAAGGAGAGAUCCCGCGAGGAGGACGAGACGGACGAGAAGCGGGUGAUCCUGGUCGCCGGGGUCCGAGUCCAGGAAGAAGAGGGCGACCGGGUCCCCGCCGCCGCCGCGUCCAACGAUAGCGCGAUGGACGACGACGUGCCCAAGCCGCAGCCGCAGCCGCAGGGCGCCCGGUGCAGCCGGAACGACGGCAAGCGGUGGCGCUGCAAGGGCGCGGCGGUGCCGGGGUACCUGUUCUGCGACCGCCACAUCGCGUGGUCUUCACGCAAGCGCAAGCCCAGGCCCAGGAAGCACGAGCAGCAGCAGCACGGCAGCGGCGGCCUGGGACCCCCUACCGCGAAGGGCGAUGUGGCGUCGGCAGAGGAGGAUACGCCUGAGCUGGGGCACGACGGCGGGUUCCAGAAGCGGGCGAAGGGCGGCGAGACCUGGCCAGCGGCCUGAAGGCCGUGCUCUGCUCUGCUCAGGAAACCUCUGCUUGCUCCAACUGAUUGAUACGACGACCGCGCGUAGCUGCAUCAGCAUUUCGCGUCGCGUCCAAAUCCUUCUCGUUUUUGAUGCUGUGAUGCUGAUAUACUCCAUACUCGUAGUAGUGCUAGUGUUCAUCUGACGGCAGACGAUUGGAACCAGGGCGAAUGCCGUGAUGCCUUUCCAGGGAGAAUCCAGGAUCUGAUGCGAAAGCAGACAAUGGGAAUGGGGGAAUUGAUCAUUGGCCGUGCCUCGUUCUUCUCGAGGUUUUUUCUAA